AUGAGCUUGGAAGAGGCCAAGCAAAUCGCCCAGGGUGUGCGAAGGGACACGUGGUCCCAGUUCGACCUAGUUGAAGUGUUCGGAGCCUCGGGGGCUUUGGUGAGAGGAUUUGAAAAUGCUGGAUUUGAACCAGCUCCAUCUUUUGAUGUCAGAAACUCAGAAGAGCAGAACAUUCACACCAGGAAAGGCUUGGAAUUGCUGGCUCGAACUUUGGGCGCUGCAAGACGAGGAGCACUGGUCUUUAUCAUGCCGACUUGCGGGGGAUGGAUCUAUCUUUCUCGUGGCACUACGUUACGUGGUCUUGUGCUGACAGGUUACGCUGGGUGCAUGACGGUGCUGACAGGGAAUGCGGUGGCUGAGUUGGUCAGUGUUUGGUUGCUGCCCCUAGUUGAGUUCCUGGAGAUGCAGUGGGUUAUUGAACAGCCUUUUUCGAGCCUUUUUUUUGCUUGGCCGAAGCUGGCUCCCUUUCUCUCGGGUCCAAAGUGCUCAAGGGAGGUGCUUGAGUUGAGCACGUUUGGGGCCAUUUGCUCGAAGCAGCUGAUUCUGCAAGGAACCUGGUCAGGUCUUCCCCACUUGAAGAUGAUCGAGUGUGCCUUGAAAGAUCUUUUGCCGCCCCAAAAGGAUCUUGACCUUGCCAAGGCAUCACAACCGUCCGGGAGGUGGAUCACAGGCAACGAGUACACCUCCUUCAGUUGCGUCUACCCUGACUGUUUUGGAUGUGCCGUGGGGUUUGCCGAGUCCAUGCGGUUGAUGGUUGACAUGGGAGAGGACGGAGAUCUCAAGCCUGUUUCAAAACAAGGGGCCCUUGUUUUGAAAGCCUUUCACUACAUGCCACUGGAGGAAGCUAAGAAAGAAGCGGAUGAAGCAAUUGCUCGGCUGAAAGCCUCUGGGAAGAAGAGCUUUGAUAUGGACCCAGGUUGGCCUGGAAUUGAGCAUGACCUGAAGAACCUGGCCACGAUUCCUAUUCAAACACGUCGAGCAUGGUUGAAGGAGAAACGUGAUACAGGAAAGUUUGACAACUUCUUUCCUACAGGGAAUGCAAAGCCGCGCUGCUCGUUUUCCCAGGUGAAGAAAAAAACUAAGGCAACCAAGGCUUCAAGUUCUUCCAGCAAGGCACCUGCAGAGAGCCUCAAGAUUACCACUUUCUUUCCUUCCAGGAGAGACAUGUCACAAUGUUUCUUGUUAGUUUCACUUCUGCGUGGUGUUGUUUGUGAAGCGACAAUGGUUUUUCCAAUGCAGGCUUUAUUGUCUCACUGGUUCGUGUCUAAGGAAGAGUUGCCAUGA